CAGUGGGGGUGUAGCCUGUGAGCCAAUGGUAAUAAGGGAGAAGGAGGCGGGUGGACAGCGGAUAUGCUGCCGUGUAUCUUCUGCCUCUGGUUUGUCUUUCCCAGUCCACGCAGCAAGGCUUCUCCACCCUCCUCCUCUUCCUCCUCCGCCUCAUCCUCCAGCUUGGAUCUGUCAUUGACUGCCUUUCGGAUCUCCCAGCUCCAGCACCGCCGCCGGAGCACCCAGAGGAAGAGACUAGGAUACGGUGCCAUGCGCACGGCGACGUUUCUGCGUGGAUCCACGCAGUGACAGCCGCGGGGGAUGGAGCACUUGUCAUCACAUUCCUGCAGACGCAACCGACGGUGAUCUAGAGGGGAGGCUGCAGCGUAGACAACAUCUUCAUAUAUACGCAGCAUCUUUUUCAAGACAAAUUUCUUCUUGUUAACCAGAGGAACGCAUCGGCGCUCAAGUCGCCUAGCAUUUCAGCCUCAACAAUGGGGGAGCAGCCCAUCUACAGCACGCGGGCCCACGUCUUCCAAAUUGACCCCAACACCAAGAAGAACUGGCUGCCCACCAGCAAGCACGCCGUCACCGUGUCCUACUUCUACGACAGCACGCGCAAUGUCUACCGCAUCAUCAGCCUGGAUGGUACCAAGGCAAUAAUUAACAGCACCAUCAGUCCCAACAUGACGUUCACAAAGACCUCACAGAAGUUUGGCCAGUGGGCGGACAGUCGAGCCAACACCGUCUACGGCCUGGGAUUCUCCACUGAGCAUCAUCUGUCCAAGUUUGCAGAAAAGUUUGCAGAGUAUAAAGAAGCAGCGCGCCUCGCCAAAGAGAAAAGUCAAGAAAAGAUGGAAAUGGCCACCUCGCCCUCGCAGGAGUCUCCAGCUGGGGAGCUGUCAUCACCUUUGACCCCUGUGACUCCACCCAUGGAAAACAUCAACGGCACAGACGAAAUCUGUGACACGACCCCCAACUCGGACUCCAGACCAGAACCGUCCCAGAACGCGCUGGCCUUUGCUCAUAGGGAGCAGUUUAAGACUUGUCGGGUCUGCUCUUUCUGAUAGGGCUGUCAUUACAAGCCUGACCACUGCAACUGUACACACAAUAUUGUCAUCAGGCUAACUGCUUACAAAUAUGCAUGCCAUGACUUUGACAUGGUGACAUUUGGGUGCACUGAUGGAACACGUUUUCUUUGUCACUAUAUAUGUGACGACGAGACAAUCUGUCAAAUUUAAGCAUGAUUUCUGAUUGAUGUUUCUUUGUAUGUUGGCCAAAUGCAGUGCAAUAAUUUCACAUGCAAAUGAAAUCUAAUAAUGUGUGUAUUUGUUUGAUGCCAGUGCAUGCUACUGUUGUAUUGUUCAUUUUCGCAGCGGAUUACGUUGUUUGUGUUUGUACAACUAAUCCAUAUGCAGACUGUUCUCAGAGCCACAUUUGAGUAUUUAAAUGAGGUGCAUUUGUGAGGCUCUUGUCCAUAAAGAUGUUGAUGACGUGUUUUUUAGGACUUAUAUAACAUAAUGUGAGGAGUGGGUGGUGGAAAAAUAGAAAGACAAAAAGCACGGAACAUUGACAAUAAAUUCAAGCUUCCAAAACUGUCACAUCUUUUUAUUUUGUAAUCUCUGUAAUCCCAUGCCACUCAUUUCAAAAUCGUCUGAAUUAAAGAAAUCACUCCAUCCUUUAAUACUUUAUCAUUAAUUUCUUUCAUAUGAAAGGCCGUGUUGGAGGUGUGGCUUUAGUAGUAUUUUUCUAAAUGGGUUUAAAAUCUUUGAAGGGCAAGCAUAAGUGCAAAUGCUUCGAAAUUCCCAGCGCUCCUUCAUGAAUUCUUCAUGGCUCCAGAGAAGCUGUGUGCAAUGAGGGCUGCUUGUAGCGAGGUGUGUGUGCUGCGUGCGUGGGAGACACUGGCACUCGCCAUGGCAAGCGUGGAUGUAACAAGAACAGUGUUUUUUUUCCUCUUUAGAAUCAUACAUAAACCCAUAGCUGUCUUUUUUUUUUACAUUAUUUUAGUGUGUCAGGAGUGCUUUUAUAUGAAAAAUAAAAGUUGGGCACCAACCACAUAGGUAGGCUGCAUUACUGGUCCGGUCUGGUGUGCUUUGAAAAAACUUUAUAAAUGGCACCAAUAAUAUAUUUUUAUUUAUUUAUUACUUUUAUUUCUUAAACUUCAUAACAGUUAACUUGGUGAGUUAUAACAAAUCUUUAUUUGUUGAAUGGGUAACAUCUGGCUGGGGAUUACUAUCACUAUUACUAAAAUUAAGGAAAAAUAUUCACCAGGUUUUAUUUUUGCAUUUAGAAAAUCAUUUAUAUCAUUUAUGAUUUAUAUUCCUUAUAUUCAUUUGUAUAUCCUUCUCAGUCAAAAUGUAAACAAUUAUCAUAUAUUUUUUUUUAAUUAAUAACUCCAAACACAACAAUUUGUGUGCAAUUUCUAGCUAAAAGAUACGCAUUCAUUAAAUGCAAAUUCAAUUUGGAAUAUAUUUUCUGUCACUUGUUGCUAGGCAGAAUUCAUAGGGCACAAUCAUAACUAUCCCCACCAGUCUGUUUGAAUGGCAAACUAGGGGAUGAAAGAAAAUGACUGUAAAAAAACACUUAUAAGGUUUUAAGUCAAGUUUAUUAGUACACAGUAAUCACUGCUCUGUAUUAGAUAUAAAGUCUACAAAGAAAAACAGCUUCCCCCUGACAUUAAUAUAUUCACAAUUGUCUGCAGAUUGAUUGAUUGUUGGCUAAAUAGAGAAAUAAAUCUGUGUUUAUUUGUAUGCUUUUACUUGCACCUCCAUGCAUAAACCAGCACUCAUUCGGUGCUACUAAUGUGCAUGUGUGUGGAAUGGGAUGAGGGUUUAUCUCCGCAGUGUGUUAGUGUAUGCAAGUGUGGGCCGCUGUGUGUGGGUGAAAAGGGCAGAGGCAGCAAGCGGGGGCUGAGAGCUUUUCUCUGGAUGCAUUAGGCAGCUCAUCAAUCGACUUGUUUGGGAUGAUUUUCAGACCGGAAGACCUUUCAGAGGGGUCUUCCUUGUCUUUGUGUGACUGCUGGUUUCAAUAGUGAUGGAGGUUUUUUUAAAUUCUUUUUGAUAAUCUUGAGUGAACGGAGGCGUUGCGUAUGCCCAACGUCACGGUGCCACAAGUGCCUUCCUCCACUGCUGCCAUGGCAACUGCUUCUUCUUGCUCAGUGAGUGGGAAGAAGCACCCUGACGAUGCUGCAACGUCAGGAUACGUGCGCAGAAAAAGCUCCAGAAUCACACAACUUGACAUUGAUCCUUUUGAGGGGAAUUCUAGUGAAGCACAAAACAGUGUUGGCGGUUUACUCGGGAGUUACGGCAUAUAGCAUCUGAAAUGUGGACAAAGCAUAAACACAGUCAGGACUUAUUGUUAAAAAAUGUUAAAACUUAAGUAGGUGUAAAGGAUUCACAGCAAAUGUAAGAGUCAAAUGUAAACAUGUAUAACGUUCCUAUACGCGUAGGGUUAAAGAUGCCUUCAUUGCAGACAAUGCACACAUACAGUAAGAUAGAAUGUUUUGGGGUUUUUUUAAGAUUAAACACAAAAAAGCAAUAAUUUUCUUACCUAAUGACGGAGUAAGCAACAAAGCAAAUACACAAUGAAAACAGUCUUUAAGCAGUUCAGAAACCACAGCUAACUUACCGUCCACAUGACCCGCAUUUCUGCAUUGUCCAAAAUUCAGCCUCCAGUGAAACUCAUUUAAUGAUGCCGUAAUUCGGGCGCUCUUUUUUUGCUUUGCCUUCUGCUGUUCAUCUCUUCCAUCUUCACUUCUUCACGUCUCGCCUGCUCUUCUGCUCUCAGAGCGCCGGUGUGGAGUUUAUACAUUGACGUGCUUGGUGACAGCAUGUGUGUGUGUGUGUGUGUGUGUAUGUGUCAGUUCAUAUGUGUAGGAUGGAGUGUCGUCUCCCUCCUAUGCGUCACACACACAAACACACACAGAGACACACUCACACUCCAAGAGGAGGCGGCUGUUGUGUAAGAAGUGAAGGCGCCGUAGGUGUGUUGAGUGAAUUAGAUCUGGGAUUUUUCUCCUUUACAGCUCACUGAGUGGGUGUUGUGGAAUUGUGGAGUUGCACAUCACCGUACACUGUAGAUGUGUGUGUGUCAGAUGAGGGGGUAGAACAAAAUGGAACGGUACGUUGUUGGUCAUACACAGACACUGCUUGAGCUUCCUUUUGUGUCGUUUCAGGAAUCACCACAGAAGCGGUGUCAAACUCGUUUUCCUUGAGGGCCACAUCGCAGUUGCCCAUCGCUGCCCUCAGAGCGCCACUGUCAAUAUAUAUGAAUAUAAAUAUGAAUAUAACCUCAUGAUAUUAUUCAAAAAUCGCCCAUGCAUUUUAUUAUUAUAUUUUUACAAAAAAUUAAGGAUAACUUGCUUAGAAAUUAGAAGUGAAGUGGAGAAUAUCUUCCAGUAUUUGUUUUUGUUAACAAAAAAAUGCUUGGAAUAUCUUGUUGCAUGGUCAGAUCAUCUUAAAGUUUAGAAAAACUGCACGCAGUACAGUUUUUCUGCCAAAAUGAAAGAAGAAAUACAUUUGCAAUAAUUUGUAAUUAUUGACACACGUUAUUCCCCAGGCUUUCGCGGGCCACAUAAAAUGAUGUGGCGGGUGACGUCUGGCCCCGGGGCCUUGAGUGUGACACAUGUGCACUGCAGAGUGAAGCAUGUGGGAGUAGGACCACCUUAUCAAACACAACAACUUUUGUUUGAGACGGGAGGGAGCAUUAAGUACAUCUUCCCAGCGGUAAUCCCUAACUCUGAUCUUUCAACUUUGUGAGCCUUUUUCCUUUCUUACAUACAUCCUCUCUGUCAUGGAGCUCGUUCGCAUUCAGUCAUGGCUCUGGAUCAGAUUAGGCUUCAGAUCGUCUCAGGAUAUAAUCUCAGAUUACAGCCUAUGUGUCAGAUAGCUACUGGACCAUGUGUCAUGGCUUCCAGUCCACUGCUGCUUUUGUUCGUGUUCGAUGUGUGGGUGCUUGCAUUGAUGAAUGGGUGAAUUAAUGGUGGAUGGCUUUAUGCUUUGGUGGAUUCAUGGUUGGUGGUGGGAUGGAUGGAUGGGUAUGUUGGUGUUUGAUGGAUAAGUGAAUAGGGUGCAUUGAUGGAUGAAUGGAUAAGUGAAUGAUUGAAUGGAUGGAUGGAUGCAGGGAUGGAUAAAUGGAUGAUGAUAGAGUAGAUGCACUAAAAGGAUGGAUGGACGCAUUGAUGGACUAAUGGAUGAUUAUAGAUGGAUGAGUAAAUGGGUGAUUGGAUGGAUGGGUGCAUUGAUAGAUGAAUGGAAGAUAUAUGAAUGCAUUGAUGGUUGACAGACGGGUGAAUGGGGUGCAUUGAUGGAUGAAUGGAAGAUAAUGGAUGCAAGAUUAAAUGGUUGAUUGGAUGGAUGGGUGCAUUGAUAUACAGUAUAGAUGGAUGUUGGAUCGAUAACUGGAUGAGUAAAUGACUGGAGAAGUGCUGGGCGAGCAUUGGGGUUAGAUCACGGGUGUCCAAAGUGCGUCCCGGGGGCCAUUUACGGACCACGGCUGUAUUUUUUAUUGGCCCGCGCCACAUCCUAAACAUAUGAUUGAACAAGAAAAUGAAAAUAACAACAGCAAAAAUGAAAAAAGAGCAGUAAUUUUACAAGAAUAAAGCUUAAAUAUUAAGUAUAUUAAGAGAAAAGUCAUCAUAUUUAAGAGAAAAAAAUUGCAUACAUUUGAAAUAUUAAGCCCUAAAAUAUGUAAAUGUAUUUUUUUUUAAAAAUUAAAUAUUAUGAGAAACAAACCAAACAAAGAAUUUUGGGAAAAUGAGGUUGAUAAUAAAUGCUACUGAUAAUAACGUCCAAAAUACUAUGAGAAUAAAGACAUCAUGUAAUGUAUGAAAAGAAAGUUGAAAAUAUUUGUAAAAAAAAUUUUUUUAAGAAAAAAAAGAUUUUAAAAAAGUGUAAUGUAAGGGGAAAAGGUUCAUACUAAUAGUACGCUUUGUCACUGAAAACACAAAGCUGAGAUGCAGGCUGUUUUUUUUCUUUAAAUAUAAACAAAACGUCUGGGUUUCCCCUGGGUUAGAUUGACGGCUUGAUGAAUGGGGAAUCAGGGAAUGGAUGCAUGGGUGUAUUCAUGGGACCAGUAAUAGGAAUGGUGGCCCUGCCAAGUAGAUGGGUUGAUGAAUGGAUGAUUGAUGGAUGCGUGCACUGAUUGAUGCAGGAUAUUUUGGAUAAGUGUAAAUAGAGUGGUGGAUGACUUGUGUGGGAUACAUGGAUGAAUGGAGGGGAUGGUAAGGUAUAGUAUGUAGGCAGAUAGAUGGAUAGGGGGUUGUUAGGUACAGUAUGUAGGUAGGAUGGAUGGUGGUGGGGGUGGUGACAGAUGGGCAAUAGACACAUAGAUGAUGGAUUGGUAUUUGAUGGAUAAAUAAGUGGAUUGGUGCAUGGAUAUUUGAUGAAUAGAUAAGUAGAUGGAUGCAUGGUUUAUAGGAUGCUGCUUAGAAGCCCUGCAGACUUGGACUGUAUAAUAUUAAGUUGUAAUGAUUGUUCCUGAGUGUGCAUUGUGUCAAUCAUGUCAAGUCACAGUGACUGAUCAUCACCAUGCAUGCUUGU